GGUAUUUUUCAUGAUCAUUACUAUUUUGGCUUCUGAUUAUUCUUUUGUUUGGACAGAAAACCGGUAUUUUGAGUGCACUCAUUGAAAUGAUUUGGAUACUAAUCCUCCUCCUUGGUUGCUCCCUUACUGAGACUACCUUGGGCUGGACAUAUCAUCACUCACCUGGGACCAUGAGCUGGUACAGUGCCCGAGACUAUUGCCGGAAAUCUUACACAGACAUGGUGGUCAUCCAAAACCAGGAAGAGAAUGACUAUUUGGUGUCCAUGCUGCCAAACAGAAAUAAGGCUCCAUACUAUUGGAUUGGAAUCACUAAAAAACACUUGAAUGAAACUUGGACCUGGAUUGGGAAUAACAGCACGUGGAUUGGUGAACACUCUUGGGCAGCAAACGAGCCCAACAACAACCACAGCACAGAGUUUUGUGUCGAGAUCUACGUGAACAGGGGACCGAACCGAGGGAAGUGGAAUGAUGAGAAAUGCGCCAAUAGGAAAUUUGCCGUUUGUUAUAAAGCCCAAUGUAAUGAAACAAUAUGUGGCAGAGGACGAUGCCAGGAGACCAUAAAAAACAUAACCUGCCUCUGUGACCCUGGCUAUAAGGGAGACAUGUGCCAAACAGAAGAGGAGUCAGCAAACGGGGACGAAGUCACCAAUUAUCACACUACAAGUCAGGCAACAAGCAGCAGCACGGCUGGAUUCAGCACACCACCUCACUACCUCACGACUUCCAGUGAGACACAGCCUGAAUCAGCCGUGGAGUGCCCCCCUCUGCCUCAGCCCGAUAACGGAUACCAUAGUUGCUUGGGAGGAAACCUGACAUUCAACUCCACAUGUCAGUUUAAAUGCUACUCAGGCUUCCGGGUGGUAGGCUCACCGGCUGUUACCUGUGGGGUCACCGGGGUCUGGAGUGGCCCAAGACCUGUUUGUGCAAGCUAUAAACAGGCCCUGUUUGCUGUUGCUGGGUGUGGAGCCCUCUCAGCCCUUAGCUGCAUCUGUUUUUGCUGGAUGAAACGCAGAAGAAGAAAGAAACUUGCCCAAGUAAGGCAGUCUGAAGAGGUGACAAGUCCAUUCAGUGAGGGACAAGGAUGAAGAACAGCUGGGACCUCAUUUAUACAUCUUUUUAAAAUAUAUCUAGAAUGACCCAUAUGCAGUUACUUGUAUUAAUCUUAGUAGAUUGCUAAUAAAUCAACCUAAACAGUCACUGGCUGCACAGGUUGUUUGCCAGGAUUAUCAGUUAGCUAAGUGUUUUGUCUUAUAUACUGUGUGUUAAAGCUUCAUUUGGAUAUAUGCAUCCAUAUAAAGUGUGUAGCCAAUGUAUGUGUAUGUGACAGAGGUGUGGACUUGAGUUGCAUGACUUGGACUCGAGUCAGUCUCGAGUCACAAUUCUGGUGACUUUAAACUUGUACAACUCGAUGUACAACUGGACUUGGACUUUCACGCCAAUGAUUUGUGACUUCACUUGGACUCGAGCUGUUUGACUUGAAAAUACUUGAUACGUACCCAAGUCAUUAUACACAUUUGAAGAACAAGUUCUAGACAUUUUUCCAAUAUGAGAUGAGGUAAAUAAAGCAACACAGGACAAAAACAUACAAAAUUCAUUGUGUUGUGGCACUGCUUAAUAGUGCUAUAUGAAAGUCAGUAUUGCUUUUUUCUAAUUAAGUUAAGUCGCACUUUGUUUAACAAAUAAAAACACAUUUUAAAAGCCCCUUGUUUUUUUUGUAAAGCAAUUAUAUUAUUGCUCUGUUGUUUAAACAGCAUUAAAUUUGGCGAAGAGAGCAUAAUAAGCUGUUUAGGACUUGUUUGUGACUUGAGUGCAAAGACUUGAGACUUACUUGCAACAUGCAAAUUAUUGACUCAGUCCCACCUCUGGUAUGCGAUAGCUUAUUAUAAUCAUGCAUAUGUGAACUCAAAGCAUGCA